AUGAGUUCGUUUCCUGUCGCAUGGAUACUUAUCUUAAUAACACCUUAUACACCUCAAUCUUCCUCUCAAAUUCUCGCAGAAUUACUACGGCAUAUAUUUCAAUUGGCCGGGCCGUUCAAGGAAGUUCAGACAACUCGCCAACUUGAAGAUGUCUUCGCAGAAGAGAAAUAUAGAAAUUCCUUCAUGGCAAUAUUUCUAAUAUGGACAGCCUACCUAGAAAAAUAUAGGCUCAAACAAAGCUCUAUCUACCAUAACUCAAAACAUGAAAGAGUCCGUGGAUGCUAUGUAAUUAUCGAUGCUGGAAUUAGAUGUAUUAUAUACUGCAUGUAUGAGGAUUCUACAUUAGAGGUAACGAAUUGGUACCUAUACCCCUCCAGCUGGCAUAGAUUUAGGCUCAACAGUGUCAAGUUUUGUAUUAUUUUGAACCUCAAAGCUCAACCCCAGAAUGUUAUUGCUGUAGAGUAUGAAAUUUUCCAAACGUCAAGACGAACCAACAACAUCGCCGACUUCACUUUUUAUACCUUGGUCAAAGCAGCAGACUCUUCAAUGACCACUUCCUUUUAUGGGACAUAUAGCCAAAACUUUCUCACUGAGUUAGGUCCAGAUUAUGUCUUGGUCAUGGAAAGCUUUUCUGCCCCUCACAUCAGAUACCAUGAACCAAUCAAUGGAGUUUACUACAUCCAAACAUUGUCCUUCGUGCCUCCAGCUAUCACUUGGAAUCUUUAUUCAAAUCCCCAGCCCUCGCCCAUGUCCCUGCACACAAAUUCCAAUUGUGGUAUACCAUGGUCUCUAAAGGUGUUAAGCGUUGUUUGUGGGAUCGAGAUCGCUGAUGUUAUGAACUUUCGACAUACACUUAACCAAUCGAGAUAUGAUGGUAUAAUACCUGAAAUAUUCACUCGUGACAUUUGA